GCCUAAACGGCAACAGUGUCGAGUCGCAUUCGCCAACUUAUCCCUCCUCGAGCAUGUUUGGUGGGCACAAGCGGCACGGCUACCCGGUCCGCGAUGAUUUUUUGCCAUGCAAUUCGCUCCCAUCGACGCGCAAGGCCGAGCUCGCCACGUUUGGGGCCUCCGCGUUUGACACAUUUGUUCAAAAGGCGGUCGUCGGCGACCGCUCGAUCGCGUGGAACCUCAUUGACGACACGGUGGACCAAAUCAAGCUCUACGAAGGCCGCGUCGCCUUUCUCGACAAGCAUGGUCUGCCGUACUUGGCGACGACAACGUUUGCAGGCGAGCUUGCAACGAUCGCGGGACUCCAUGGCGCGACGACGCACGCCGACUGUGUUGCGUUCAUUCGAUCGUAUGCGCCGGACGUGCUCGACAUGGUCGUGCUCGAGAUGUUCCACGAGGCGCCGCGACCCAUGACCCUCAAAUGGAGUGCGGUGGCGAGUCCGUGGCCGCUCACCAUCAGCGACCGCGAUUUCGUCUACCUCGAGAUUUCCGACUACUUCCACUUGCCCGACGGGCGACGCGGAUGGGGCUACUGCCAAGUGUCGGUCGAGCUCGACCACGUGCCGUCGCUCCAAGCGUCAUCGCUCAAACUCGUACGCGGCGUGCUCUGCCACACGGGCUGUCUCUACAUUGAGAGCAUGGUCGACGACGGCUGCGUCGACGUGAUUUACCACAUUGCGUCCGACUUUCGCGGACGUAUUCCGUACUGGGCGCGCAAGCACGGCAUUAAGAGUCGCGUGCGGCAGCUGCUUUUGCUGAGCGCGACGGCGCGGGAAGACGCGGCCAAGCGCAAGCAGACGACAUGCAGUUUGUGCGAGAAGGCGGGCUCGCGGCUCUUUCGCCGGCUUCGGCAGUGCGACGGCUGCAGCGAGAUGGUGUGCCCCAAGUGCCGCGAAAAAUGGGUCCACGCCGAUGGCUCGAGCCGCCGCCUCUGUACGUACUGCAGCUGCACGGACCGCAGCACGAGUAGUGUUCGCGUCUCGCGCCGGACCCAAGGGACGGCGUCGUCGACGUCGCUGCCGACGCCACCAAAGAGCUACAGCCAGCGACACAUGCCAGCCAUGGACUCGCUUCGGGGCCAAGGGCAGCGGUCGUCCUUUUCCAAGUCGGAGAUGGACCUUUCGUACCUCGGGGCAUACCGCAAAGCGCCGCCGCCAACGGCGCCGGCACGUCAGAUUUUGUCGCUCGGGCUGUAA